AAUGCUUUUGAUUUUUCACUUUCAGAACAAGCCAGCAGACUGCUUGGAGUUGUCAGAAAACCAAGAUGAGUUACAAGUUCAUUACACUGGUUAUCUGGAGACUGGGGACAUUUUUGAUUCUUCUGAGAAUGCUGCCAAGAAGCCCAUUACACUUGUGUUGGGUAAUCGACAGGUGAUCCCAGGCUGGGAAGAGGGUCUGCUGGGUAUGUGUGCAGGAGAAAAGAGACGACUCAUCAUUCCACCAAAUCUGGCUUAUGGAAAAGCUGGAUAUCCCCCGGUGAUUCCUCCCGAUGCCACCUUGUUAUUUGAUGUGACAUUGGUCAGUAUUACCAAGCAUGGAUACGGCACUUCUGUAGACAUCGACUAUCUCCUCCAGCUGUGCAAGUUUCUUCUAUUUCCUGCCGCUGCCCUGUACAUUUUCUACUACUUGUACUGCCGCUACAAAGCCGAGACUCAGGCAACAAAACAGUUUCGUGGAAAAAACAGCCGUAAGAAAAAAUAG